AUGCACCGCGGGUUGGGUCCGGGCAUUCAGAUGGUCAGGAAGAUGGCAGGCUCCGGGGCGGAGCCGCAGAUCCUCGUACAGUAUUUAGUGUUACGAAAGGAUCUAUCUCAGGCUCCUUUCUCCUGGCCCACGGGCGCACUGGUAGCGCAGGCUUGUCACGCCGCCACUGCAGCCUUGCACCUUCACCGAGAACAUCCACAUACGGUAGCUUAUCUCCGGGAGCUGGGGCGCAUGCGCAAGGUGGUUCUCGAGGCUGCCGAUGAGACCACCUUGAAGGAGCUGGCGGAGACCCUGCAGCAGAAGAACAUCGACCACAUGCUAUGGCUGGAGCAGCCAGAGAACAUGGCCACCUGCAUCGCCCUCAGGCCGUACCCCAAGGAAGAAGUGAGCCAGCAUUUGAAGAAGUUCCGAUUGUUCAAGUGACUGCAUUUCGGCAGAAUUGGAUGUCAGUUGGGCCCAGGAGCCAAAUGCCCUCCAUCCUGAAACAUUGUGGACUUCUUGCAGUUAAUGUGCUCCUCCCUUCCAGUUAUGAUGGUUUAAGAGCCAGCACAGGCUCAAAUUAAAGUCAUCGUUAGCGAGUA